GAGGUGGGGCGCCUGCCGUGGACGGAUGGCGCGCGAGGCGGCCCUGUGGCUUCUCCUCCUCUUCUCUGCUCACCUGCUCCUCCGACGUGCUUCGGCGAUCGACCGCGGCCAGUUCCCUCCUCCGACGAGCUUCCUGUUCGGGACAUCCACCUCUGCUUACCAGAUUGAAGGUGGAUAUUUGGAGGGUAAGAAAGGCCUAAGUAAUUGGGAUGUCUACACCCACAAGCAAGGCACAAUUGAGGAUGGAAGCAAUGGUGAUAUUGCUGCUGAUCACUACCAUCGUUACAUGGAAGACAUCGAGUUGAUGCAUUCCUUGGGAGUGAACUCAUAUAGGUUCCCUCCUGGUCAUUGUUCUAAGCCAUAUGGGAAUUGUGCCUUUGGAAAUUCUUCAAUAGAGCCAUACAUAGUAGGUCACAAUAUGAUACUUUCACAUGCAAACGCUGUGAGUAUUUACAGAAAUAACUAUCAGGAGACACAAGGUGGAUAUAUUGGAAUUGCUGUCGCCGCAAGAUGGUAUGAACCAUUGCGAAAUACCACAGUCGACCAACUAGCAGUUGAACGGGCUAUAUCUUUCAAUGUUCCAUGGUUUCUGGACCCUAUAAUUCUUGGUGAUUAUCCUGCAGAGAUGCGCAAAAUCUUGGGUCCAACCCUACCAGAGUUCACAUUAAAGCAGAAGAAGAAACUCCAUGCAACCAAACUGGAUUUUAUUGGGCUAAAUCAUUAUUCCACAUGGUAUUUGAAGGACUGCAUCUUUUCAUCAUGUGAAAUGGAUCCUAUGGAUGGGGACGCGCGAGCGUUGAGUUUAGCAGAACGAGAUGGGGUGCCUAUCGGUAAACAGACAGGAGCACCAUUCUUCUAUGAUGUUCCACAUGGGAUGGAAAAGGUGGUCAUGUAUUACAAACAAAGAUACAACAACACCCCAACAUAUAUUACAGAAAAUGGUUAUGCUCAAGCAAGCAAUAGCAGCAUGACUGCUAAGGAUUUUACCGGUGACACAGAAAGAAUUGAUUACAUCAGUGGCUACCUCACCUAUUUAGUCUCGGCAAUGAGGAAAGGAGCUGACGUACGUGGUUACUUUGUGUGGUCUAUCCUCGACGACUUCGAGUGGACUUCGGGAUACAAGGACAGAUUCGGGCUCUACCAUGUCGACUUUAAGACGCAGAAGAGGACGCCGAAAUUAUCAGCUGAAUGGUUCAGGGAGUUCCUCAAAGGUUCACUUGUGUCAAGAGAGUUCCAAAAUGGAUCACAGCUGCAGCAGUACUAUACUUCCUGAGCCACUGAUGGUUCUGCCCGCGCGUCGAUAUCAUCUAAAUAUAUCAGAUCAAAAAAAAAUCUGUGGGUAGGAGUGACCUUUGCAAAUAAUGCUCCUUGAUUAGUGAUUUCGUGUGAACACUUAAAAAAUAUCCGUACACGUCCUUACA